AUGCCCACAAAAUAUCUUGUUGUAUUUGCUCAAUCCCACAGCGACUUCCGUAUUCCAGAACUCAAGUCCAUAGCCGAGCUUCAUGGCUUCCCCUUGCAUCUACCGGAUCCGUGCGAUCCGAAUCGACCGUUUAUGGUGAUCGAACUUGAUCAAGAGGAACAUGCACGUUUGCUGGCGAAACGAUGCAUUUUGAUCAAGUCUAUCUCCGAGUUCUAUGGACAAGGGGACAAUUACGAUCAACUACACGCCGCUGUGCGGAAAAACGAGGCGCUCUGGGAGCAGUAUAAGCAAGACACCUCGUUCAGGUUCUCCGUCGCCGCGUACAAUCAUAGCAUCACGAAAUCUCGGCAGCGAGAGGUUAUGGAGAGCUUCGGUUACAUGGAAUUCUUGGGCAGAAUUGAUCUGAAGUCGCCAACCAUAGUUUUAGGAUGUUAUGAAGAAUAUGGCGACACCAGAGGCAAAGAGUUCUCCAAUAAGGUCGUUGAUGGACAAUUCCGUCAAGUCUACUUCGGAAGGUUGAUAGAAGAAGGAUCAGCGCGCGCCUUGAUUUCUAGAUUUGAUGUCAAGAAACGUGCCUAUUUUGGAAAUACGAGUAUGGAGGCAGAGAUAUCCCUCCUAAUGGCCAAUCAAUGUCUGGCUAGACCAGGCUCGCUCGUUUAUGAUCCAUUCAUGGGUACAGGAAGCAUGGCAUAUCCAACCUCUCACUUCGGUAGUUUCGUUGUUGGAUCAGAUAUCGAUGGUCGACAGAUGCGUGGAAAGGGUAAGCAACCUACGCCAGGGGUCCUCAGAGCCGCGGCUCAGUACGGAACGGCGCAUCGUAUCGUUGAUCUACUAACAUUUGAUGUGACGCGUAACCCCUGGAGAUGUGGUGGUUUAUUCGACGCGAUAGUCACUGAUCCACCUUAUGGCGUCCGGGCAGGGGCGAAGAGACUGGGUCGAAGGCGUAGCCCAACUCCUAAGCAGCUAGAAGCAUACUUAGAACAUCAGGCAGCCCCUCGCCCUGCUGAUCAACCAUAUAUCCCUCCAACAAAGCCGUACGAGCUGUCCGAGCUUGCCAGAGAUCUGGUGGUCCUCGCCCGAUAUCUAUUGAAACCUGAAGGGCGGCUUGUAUUCUUCCUCCCAACCGUCAAUGACGAGUAUGAGGAUGUGGACAUCUAUACCAUGCUUUGCGAAGGGAUGGAGUUGAUCGCGAAUUCGUUGCAAGACUUCGGGUCAUGGGGGCGACGAUUGGUGACAAUCAAGAAAAUAACCUCAGAUAUAUACCCCAUACCAUUUAGCGACAACAGCGGGCAGUCGCAAAGCACAGCGCAGCAUGAACCUGCCCACAAGGAUUUCCGCGAGAAGUACUUCCAAGGAUUCCGAAAGGGAUCAACCUCGUUGUAUGAUGGAGUCGUACAAUGA